AUGCACGCACGAGAGGUGAGCGACAAUGAAACCUCUUCCUCGCAUUCAAAUAUCGUGCCAACCCCCAGCGAAACAAGUUCGAGAUGUUCUCAGCAACCCUCCAUCCCAAUCCCAGAGGGCGACAAGGAGCCCUUGGUGGAGCCCAUGGCUAUUUGUGGAAUGGCCAUGCGUCUACCCGGUGGUAUUCAUGAUGCUGAAGGCUUCUGGGACCUUCUGUACAAUAAACGCAGCGGCAGAUGUCGCGUGCCCAAAGACCGAUACAAUGUUGAGAACUGGUACGGGCCAGGGAAGAUCGGACAUGUCGCAAGUGAGUACGGCUACUUCUUAGAUGAUGUAGACCUACGGAACGCGGAUGCUUCUUUCUGGUCAAUGACAAAGCAAGAAAUUGAGGCGAUGGAUCCUCAACAGCGACUUUCUCUGGAGGUCACGUAUGAGUGUCUCCAAAAUGCUGGCCAGCGGCCCCAAGAGCUUCGUGGGCGCAAAAUCGGUGUCUAUCUCGGUACCUUCGAGGGAGACUGGCUCGAACUAGAUGGAAGGGAUCCUCAACAUUAUCACAUGUACCGUCUUACUGGAUACGGUGAUUACAUGUCCGCGAACCGCAUUCACUACGAGUUUGGUUUGACGGGUCCCAGUGUGACUAUCCGUACGGCAUGCUCAUCUUCCCUCACAGGAAUAUACGAUGCUUGCCACGCUAUUGCGGCUGGGGAUUGCGAGUCUGCCAUUGUGGCAUGCGCAAAUAUCAUUUAUUCCCCACGAACUUCAAUCACCAUGCAGGAGCAAGGUGUCAUUUCUCCUAGCGGAUUUUGCAAGACCUUUGAUGCCAAUGCUGAUGGUUACGCUCGUGGUGAGGCCGUUUCAGCCGUGUACAUUAAGAAGCUGAGCGACGCUAUUAGUGGUGGAGACCCUAUUUGCUCGGUAAUCAGAUCUACUUGCAUUAAUGCAGGUGGCAAAGCGUCAACACUCACAGCUCCAAAUACUACUGCCCACGAAGCACUCAUUCGUCGUGGUCAUGAGCUGGCCGGUAUCACAGAUUUCUCCCGAACUGCAAUGAUUGAGUGUCAUGGUACUGGAACAGCAGUUGGUGAUCCCAUCGAAACAGCCGCCGUGGCCAACGUAUUCGGCAAACAUGGGAUCUAUAUUGGAUCAGUCAAAACCAAUUUGGGUCACAGUGAAGGUGCAUCGGGUCUGUCAAGCAUUAUCAAAAUGACUUUGGCUCUUGAACGACAAACCAUUCCUCCUAAUCUAAACUUCACGACCCCUAACCCUAAGAUUCCAUUUGAACGAUGUAAGCUGAAGGUGCCGACCGAGCCUCUCCCUUGGCCGAAAGAUCGGGCAGAGCUGGUCGGGGUUAACUCAUUCGGUAUCGGAGGAUCGAAUGCCCAUGUGCUACUAGGCUCCGCUGCCUCAUUCGGGAUUGAGUCGACACAAAAGAAGAUCGCGGCCUGCGAGGAAGCCGAGAAUCUAAUGGCGGACCUCACACCACACUUGUUGAUGUUUUCCGCCAAGCACCAACAAUCGCUGAAGCGGAUGAUUACUGACCAUCAAGCGUACUUUCUCUCGCAUCCGGAGUCGCUCCAGGAUAUGGCGUACUCUCUUGCUCACAAACGGGAUGAUCUUUCUCAUCGCAGCUUUUGUGUCACCAAUGGUGAGGAUGAUUGGGUGCAAUCCAGGACUCAUCGUAUUAGUGGAAGAGCGCCUCCGAUGUUGGUUUUUACUUUUACUGGACAGGGCGCUCAGUGGCCUCAGAUGGGCAAAUCGCUCAUUGACCAAGUGCCUCAAUUCCGGCACAGCAUUGAAAAGUUGGAUAAGGUGCUUCAGGCACUCAGUGAUCCCCCACAGUGGAAGUUGAUAGACGAGAUCCGAAAGCCCAAGAAGAUUUGCCAGCUUUCGAAGGCAGAGUUCUCACAGCCUUGCUGUACCGCCAUUCAAAUUGCUCUAGUUGACCUCUUAAACCAUUAUGGAGUUCAUCCAGAUGCGGUAGUGGGUCAUUCUAGUGGUGAGAUUAGUGCUGCGUAUGCCUCUCACGCUAUUAGCGCAGCGGAUGCUAUUCAAAUUGCCUUCUAUCGUGGCCGAGUGAUGUGUAGCUUGAAUCCGGUAGAGCGCCCCGGGGGCAUGGCUGCUGUUGGCUUGGGGGCCGAAGAAGUUGCACCGUAUUUGCGACCAGGAGUUUUGGUGGGAUGUGAAAACAGCCCCAACAGUAUAACUCUGACUGGUGACAAGGCCCCUCUGGAUGAGGCUUUGAAGGCUAUUAAGGAGGCCAAUCCAGAAUCAUUUGUUCGUGCACUUCAGGUUGACCGAGCCUACCAUUCUCAUCAUAUGGAAACCGUUGCACCUCAAUAUGUGGAUCUUCUUAGCACCCAGGGAGUUAAAGCUAUGAAUCCCUCAGCCCAAUUCUUCUCCAGUGUGACUGGCAGACAAGUGACCCAAAGUCAAGACCUCGGCCCUGUGUACUGGGCUAGAAACCUUGUGUCUCCAGUCCGCUUUUUGACUGCCAUUUCAGAACUGAUGCAGUCUCUAAUUGGACCCAAAGUCUUCUUAGAAGUUGGACCUCAUUCAGCCCUGGCUGGGCCUAUUCGACAAAUUUUGCAAAUGCACAAAUCAACCGAUGAAUAUUUCAACACGCUGACCCGGGGCAGUGACUCCCAUAAGGAUUUGCUAAAUGCCGUUGGUGAGAUGUGGCUGCAAAAUAUGCCAGUGGAUUUGAGUGCCAUUUCGGAACGAGGUUGUUUCCUACCAGAUUUACCUCUUUACCCCUGGCAUUAUGAGGAGCCACUCUGGUCUGAGAGUCGCCUGGCCAAGGAAUGGCGACUUCGAGAGUUUCCACAUCAUGAUCUGCUUGGUUCGCGUGUUCUUGAAAGCACGGAUCAAAACCCAAGCUGGCGUAAUAUCCUCCGUCUGGACGUGGUUCCUUGGAUCAAGGAGCACGAAGUGGCCAGUGACAUUGUCUUCCCAGGUGUUGGAUAUAUCUGUAUGGCCGGAGAGGCUAUUCGACAACUGACUAGGGACAGUGCUUUUACUGCUCGUCGAGUGCACAUCAAGGCUGCACUGGUCAUGCAUCAGGGCCAAGACGUGGAAGUCAUCACCCAGCUACAAAGGAUCCCAUUCACCAACACUGUGGAAUCGAAGUGGUACAAUUUCACGGUGCAUUCUUACAAUAAGGGAGUCUGGGUUAAGCACAUUUUCGGCCAGGUCUCUGCGGGCUCGGAUCGAGAGCACCGCAUACCUUCGUUGGAGCCCCUACCUCGCCAGUUGUCGCGACGUGGCUGGUACAGAAAGAUGAAGGAAAUGGGUCUUGAAUAUGGGUCUCGGUUCAUGGGUCUGACUGAGAUGACUGCCCAUCCUAUUGAGCGCAAAACUAUUGCCACUGUGGUGAAUGAUAACCGUGAAGGUGAAUCUCAGUAUGCAGUUCACCCAGUGUCUCUCGAUUGUCUCCUUCAAGCCAUCGUCCCUGCUACCUUUAAUGGUCUCACGAGAAGAUUCCAACAUCUUGGAAUUCCGACUUACAUGGAAGAAAUCUACGUUUGUCCUCCACUUCAGUCGGAGAUGGUGAUUGAGGCUCAUGCCGAUGAGCAACCCACAGCAGCUCUCUCGGGUAACAUCAUAGCAGUUGCAAAUGGCCAAGUCACCAUCGAUAUCAAAGGCUUGCAGAUGUCUGCAAUUGGUGAUGCGGCCUAUGCCUCCGGGCAGAAUCCACAUGCCGCAGUCGAGCUAGAAUGGCGUGAAGAUAUUAACCUUAUUACGGAUGCACAUAGGCUUAUUCGUCCCGCCAAAGACCGACGUGAGGUGCACCACAGCUUGGAUAGAUUUGCUUCGGCCUGUAUUAUCGACACCGUUACCCGUCUCCAGGGUGUUGAGCCAAGCAGACCACAUCUAUGCCAUUAUCAAAAAUGGAUUGCAUCGACAGCAGGCCAAAUCCGACUUGGCAAAUACCCUGGAUUACAGCGAAGCGAUGAAAUUUCUCAGUCUUCAGAGUCCAGGCGCUUGGAAAUCAUCGAAGGUUUAUAUCCUAUUCUCCUUCGGACAGAAGCUUGCGCAGCUGCAAAAGCUAUUUAUCGAAUCUGGAAAGAAUGCCAGGGUAUCUUUACCGGUGAAGUCGAAGAACUUGGAUUGCUUUUGGAAGACGAAGUACUUCAUUCACUCUAUGACUUCAUGCAAAACUCCGAAUACAAAGUCUUCCUUGAGCUCCUUGCACACCGGAAACCAAACCUGAGAGUGUUGGAGAUAGGUGCUGGUACAGGAGGUACAACUGCCACGGUCCUUCCCGCUUUGCAAUCUCUUUAUGGAGAGAGGAUGUAUCACUCCUACACAUACACGGAUAUCAGUGCAGGGUUCUUCCCGGCAGCGAAGAAGCGAUUCGAGAGCUACCCCGAAAUGAAAUUCGCAACGCUGGAUAUCUCGGAGGAUCCCCUCGCCCAGGGCUUUGAAGCCGAGUCAUUUGAUUUGGUCAUUGCAUGCAAUGUUCUGCAUGCGACACCCGUUCUUCAAGAGUCUCUUGCGAAUGUGCGCAAGUUACUUCACCCUCAAGGUCGACUUUUUCUUCAAGAGCUGUCACCAAAUACGAAAUGGAUCAACUACGUGAUGGGUGUUCUUCCUGGCUGGUGGUUGGGAGAACAGGAUGAUCGUUAUCCGGAGCCCUACAUCUCUAUUGAUAGAUGGGAGUCUCUACUCAACAAGACUGGUUUCUUCGGCGUUGAACUGGUAAGCCACGACGGGUAUCUCAACAACAACAUCAUUUCUCGACGGGUCCAAGAGAAGGAACGACCAAAGCACAUCACGCUAUUGCACUCUGUCAAAAGCCCUUCUUCUGCAAUUUCUACCACCAAUCAGAUUCUUUAUUCAGCGGGAUUUGAAGUUGAUCUCCUUGUAAUUGAAGAUACAACUACACUGCCACCCACUGGACAGGACAUUGUCUCCAUUUUGGACCUUGGCGGGCCAUUCUUCCACCACUUGGAGCAACCUGAAUUCGAAAAUCUGAAGACUCUACUUUCUCACUUGCAGGAAACUGAAAGCGGAAUCUUGUGGGUUACUGGGGCUUGUCAGGUAGGCUGCAAAGACCCAAGGUAUGCGAUGGUGAACGGGGUUGCUCGCGUCAUCCGCACGGAGAUGAAUCUAGAUUUUGCAACUCUAGAGCUGGAAAGCUUUGAGAAAGACACUCUAGCUCUCAUGCCAAAGGUUUUGGGAGAGUUCCAGCGUCGCCUCUCUGAGCAGAAUAUCAAUACAACUACAGAGUGGGCUGUUGUUGGGCAGAGCCCCUUGAUCAGCAGAUAUCACUACAUCAAGGUUGACGAGGAGCUGAAGAAUAAGGCAGCUGAAGAAAAGCCUUCUGUCAAAAAGUUGGUGCAGACUAAGGCUGGUCUUGUCGAUACCUUAUGUUGGCAGGAUAUGCCAGUCUCUCAUGGGCUGGACCCAGAUGAUGUUCUGGUUCAAGUCAAAGCUGUCGGUAUGAACUUUAAGGAUGUUCUCAUCAGUACCGGAGUAAUCACCGAGAAGUCAUCCAUCGGCCGAGGUCUUGGAUAUGAAGGAAGUGGUCUUGUUCUGGAAGUUGGAUCCGCAGUGGACAAACUUUCGCCUGGUGAUCGAGUUAUUAUGAGCUCAAGCGGAUCUCUCACUACCAUCCAGAAGCUUGAUCAGCGUCUCUGUGUUAAGAUGCCGGACUUCCUUAGCUAUGAAGAGGGCGCUACGAUGUCGGCAGUCUACUGUACUGCAAUCCAUUGUCUCCUCGAUGUUGGUGGCUUGCGGAAAGGGAAAUCGGUUCUCAUUCAUUCUGCAAGCGGAGGUGUCGGCAUGGCAGCUCUUUAUAUUGCGCGAAUGGUUGGUGCAGAGAUUUAUGCUACCGUCGGAAGUGAAAAGAAAGCUCAGGCUCUCAUGAGCUCGUUUAAUAUUCCGCGCAAUCGCAUCUUUAAUUCUCGCACUAAAGAGUUCCUUCCACGUCUGAUGGAAGAAACCAAUGGUGUCGGAGUUGAUGUGGUGUUGAACUCCCUUUCGGGUGAGCUUUUGCACGCUUCCUGGAAAUGUACAGCGCAAUUUGGCACAUUUGUCGAGAUUGGUCGUAGCGAUUUUGUUGGUCAAGGAUUGCUUGAUAUGCAACCCUUUGAGCCGAACAGGAGCUUUGUCGGGUUUGAUCUUCUUCUGUUCUCCGAAAAGAGACCAGAGAGAAUUGAAAGCAUCAUGACUCGUGCAAUGGACUACUGUAGUGCUGGUUUCAUCCACCCUAUCACGCCGACCACGACGUUUGAGGCUGUCUCGAUUGUUGACGCAAUUCGUCACAUGCAGCGCGGGCAGCAUAUAGGCAAGAUCGUCAUUACCAUGCCAGAAAUUAGUACAGAUCUUCCAGCCGAGCCAUCUCGGCAGGAAUUAUCAUUGCGCCAUGAUAGAGCCUACUUGUUUGUUGGUGGACUCGGUGGCUUGGGCCGCUCAAUUGCGACUUGGCUGGUGGAGCAUGGAGCACGCCAUCUUGUGUUCUUGUCAAGAUCAGCUGGUAGUAUUCCCGUUGAUGAUCCAUUUGUUCAGGAACUAGCGGUGCUUGGUUGUAAGAGUUACAUGGUCUCUGGUGAUGUUUCUAAGCACGAGGACGUGGUUCGGGCAAUCCGGGCUUCCGGCAAGCCUGUUGGGGGUGUUCUGCAAUCUUCCAUGGUGCUUCGGGACAACUCCCUCUUGGAGAUGAAAUGGGAUGAGUGGCAGGCUGCUGUUCAGCCCAAGGUUCAAGGAACCUGGAAUCUUCACAAUGCACUCCUCAGUGAACAGCCCGAGGAAAUAUUAGACUUCUUCUUACUCUUCAGCUCAGCUGGCGCAAUGAGCGGCCAAUGGGGACAGGCCAACUACAAUGCCGGUAACACAUUUCUGGAUGCCUUUGUGAGCUACCGGCAUUCCCUGGGACUUCCAGCCUCCACUGUCAACAUUGGUGUUAUUCAAGACAUUGGAUACGUCAGCCAAAAUCCUGAGAUCCUAGACUCACUGCGUUCAACUGCGCAGUAUCUCAUGCGAGAGCCCGAAUUGCUCGAGUCAAUUGAGCUCAUGCUCCACAGAUCAUCGCCAACGCACUCAGUCGCUGAUCAAGCGUCGAAUAUUUACGUAACCCGAUCACAGAUCGGUAUCGGAAUGCGGUCAACCUUGCCCAUAGAAGCCCCGAGUAAUCGGACAAUCUGGAGGAAAGACCCCCGCAUGCUGGUUUAUCGGAACCUCGAAGUCCAAUCUGGUCCAGUGGCCUCCUCAACUGGGUCGGGCCAGGCGCUAACCCAGUUCCUUCGGGAGAUUGGAUCUAAUAUGACUAUGCUAAAGGCUCCAGAGUCAGCCGAAAUGCUUGCUGGGGAGAUUGGUAAAACCCUGUUUGGUUUCCUUAUGCGGGCUGAAACUGAAGAGGUUGAUCUCGAUGCGCCUCUUGCUAGUGUGGGCAUUGACUCUCUUAUCAGCAUUGAGCUGCGGAACUGGAUCCGCCGCAACAUUGGUGUUGAAAUUACCGUGUUGGAGAUUGUUCGGGCAGAUAGCGUGAGGGCUUUGGGUCUAUUAGCCCAGAAGAAGCUAGUUGAGAAGUAUGAAGCUCGCAUGUAA